AUGGCAACCUUGACGACUACGAUGGCCACUACGGCAACCAUGGCAACUACAGAAGCCAGCAAGCCCCUCGAAGCCCAAGCCAGGACAGCCUUGACCAAAGCAACCAACUACGCCUGGGAGAUCUUCUCCAACCGCCACUGGUGCGGCGAGCUCGAGUCUAACGUGACCGUGACCUGCGAGCACAUCUUCUUUCUUUAUGUUCUCUACCAACACAUCGACCCCGGCGAAGGCAGCCAAUACCGCCAAUGGCUGCUCUUGCAGCAAAACUCCGACGGCUCCUGGGGCAUCGCGCCCAACUACCCCGGCGACAUCUCCACAAGCGCAGAGGCAUACCUGGCCCUGAGAAUCAUAGGAAUGUCCACAGACAGCCCUGAGCUGUACCGAGCGCGAACCUUCAUCCGGGCCGCCGGCGGGCUCUCCAAGAUGCGCAUGUUCACCCGCAUCUUCUUCGCAGAGUUCGGCCUGGUCCCUUGGACUGCCAUACCCCAGCUGCCCGCAGAGUUUAUUCUUGUCCCAGCUCACUUCCCCAUCAGCAUCUACCGCCUUGCCUCAUGGGCACGCAGCAACGUAGUCCCGCUCCUCAUAAUCGCCCACCACCGACCCCUCUACCCGCUUCCCAACGGGCUACACAAGCAAAACCCGUUCCUGGAUGAGCUCUGGCUGGACCCGGCCACAAAGCCCCUCCCCUACGGCUCCUCAGACCCUACCGACCCCGUCGCUUUUGUCUUUACCAUACUCGACAAAGCCCUCUCUUACCUGGGCGGGCUCCGCCGCAGCCCUACAAGAGGUUACGCGCGCCGUCGCUGUGUCCAGUGGAUCCUGCAGCACCAAGAGAAAGCCGGCGACUGGGCAGGUAUCAUCCCGCCUAUGCACGCGGGUAUCAAGGCCCUUUUGCUCGAGGGGUACAAGUUACACGACGAGCCUAUCCAACUCGGUCUAGCAGCCAUCGAACGCUUCACCUGGGCCGACAACCGUGGCAAGCGUCUCCAAUGCUGCAUCUCCCCCGUCUGGGACACGCGCGUCUACAAGCCCAACAUCCCCGUCGGUGGGUGGGCGUUCGAAUACCAUAACACGUGGUACCCGGAUAUCGAUGAUACGGCCGCGGCCGUUCUCGCCUUCUUGACGCAUGACCCGGCCACCGCGCGAUCGAGACUCGUGCGCGAUGCGGUGCUGUGGAUUGUAGGCAUGCAGAAUGCCGAUGGCGGGUGGGCAGCGUUCGACCAUGAAAAUAACCAGCUGUUUCUGAACAAGAUCCCGUUUAGCGAUAUGGAAAGUCUUUGUGAUCCGAGCACGCCGGAUGUGACGGGGCGGACGAUUGAGUGUUUGGGCAUGCUGCGCGAUUUGCUGAUGCGUCCGGCCGAGAAUGCCGAAAAUGGGGAGAAAUAUGGAUAUCCCGAUGGAGAGGGGGAUGCGGCAGCCGACGCGCACCUCCUCCAAAUCAUCAACACCGCCUGCGCCCGCGCAAUUCCCUACCUCAUCCGCUCUCAGGAAGCAACGGGCACCUGGUACGGCCGGUGGGCGGUCAACUAUGUCUAUGGUACAUGCCUUGUUCUGUGCGGACUGCAGUAUUUCAAGCACGACCCGAAGUUCGCGCCGGAAAUCCAAGCCAUGGCGGCUCGUGCAGUGAAGUGGCUAAAGCAAGUCCAAAACUCCGACGGCGGAUGGGGUGAGUCCCUCCUCUCGUACCGCGAGCCCUGGCGGGCCGGGUGUGGGCCUUCCACGCCCUCGCAGACAGCAUGGGCGCUUAUGGGUAUUUUGACAGUCUGUGGGGGCGAGGAUCGGUCUGUGCAGCGUGGGGUGAGGCAUUUGGUGGAUACGCAGGAUGAUACCUUGAGUCAGGGUGACGGUGGGGCGGCGGCGUGGACAGAGCGCGAAUUCACGAGUACGGGGUUUCCCAACCAUUUCUACAUCUCGUAUACGCUGUAUCGAGUUUAUUUUCCUAUUACCGCGUUGGGGAGGUAUCUUUCUUUGAUCGAAGGAGGCCAGGAGAAGAAGAAGAAAGGUGGUGGCACUUAA